AUGAAUACUGUCGCACUCCUUCUCGCGAUUUUGCUCGCCAACUGCAUUCCAGUUCACGCCGCUUGCCAUGACUACGUGCUCAUCAACACACAUGGAACCGGUGAGCCACAAGGAGAAUCAAUCGGCUUCAGGGGCAUGAUUUCAGAUGUCCUGGCGGCCCUUCCGAACGGCGUCCGUUACGAUACGGUCUAUCCUGCUGCGCCAGACCUCACUCAGCAGACUACCUUUAUUGGAUCGAGUGAUAUUGGAAAUGAGAUCCAACAAGGUCUGCAGUCAUGUCCUGAGCAGAGGUACGCUUUGUUGGGGUACUCGCAAGGCGCAACAGUAACCAACGAAGUCCUCCAAGCCUUCUCGCCCACGAGUGCUCAGGGUCAAUCAAUCGAAGCCAUCGUCCUCGUCGGCAACCCAUACCACCGCCCAAACAAAGCGGGCAACGUCGACGAAGACUGCGGGACCAGCACCGCAGGCGCCAGUGGUGUCCUCCUGCCUACGGCGAACUAUACGAUUCCUGAUGCGUGGUACGCGACGGGUAAGGUGAGGGAUAUCUGCUUUACGGAUGAUCCAGUCUGCAGUGGAUACGAUUUGGGGACUUUGUUCAGUCCGAGUCACUUUUUCUAUGGUUUCAGUAAGAGCGUGCAAGAAUGUGGGAGGGAGUUUCUGGUGGAGAUGCUUUCCUGA